AUGCGCGUCGGCAACCUCUCUCUUCUUUCUUUUCUAGGCCUGGCGCCUAUCUUUGCUGCAGCGCAGCUCUCUGGUUCCGUGGGACCGUUGACUUCCGCGUCCACCAAGGCAGCCACCAAAACCUGCAACGUUCUGGAUUACGGUGCUAAGGCGGAUAAGUCUACCGAUUUGGGAGCUCCGCUGGCGUCUGCCUUUGCUGACUGCAAGUCUGGCGGUCUUGUCUACGUCCCCUCCGGUGACUAUGCCCUCUCUACCUGGGCCAGAUUGAGCGGUGGUGAGGCAUGGGCUUUGCAGAUCGACGGUGUUAUCUACCGUGACAGCACAACGGGCGGAAACAUGAUUUACAUCGAGCACUCCAGUGACUUCGAACUUUUCAGUAGCACGUCGUCCGGCGCCAUGCAGGGUCUGGGUUACGAGCUUCAUAAGGAAAACAACUGGAGCGGCCCUCGUCUGAUUCGUCUGUACGAAGUUACUGAUUUCUCGGUUCACGAUUUUAUUCUGGUCGAUUCGCCCUCUUUCCACAUGUCCCUGGAUACUUGCACCAAUGGCGAGAUCUAUAACAUGGCAAUUCGCGGUGGUAACCAUGGUGGCCUGGACGGCAUUGACAUUUGGAGUACUAACAUCUGGGUCCAUGAUGUCGAAGUGACGAACAAGGACGAGUGUGUCACUGUCAAGAGCCCAGCGAAGAACAUUCUGGUCGAAAAUGUCUACUGCAACUGGAGCGGUGGAUGUGGUAUGGGCUCCUUUGGAACUGGUACCGAGGUCAGCGAUAUCGUUUACCGGAACAUCUACACCUGGAACUCGAACAACAUGAUGUUGAUUAAGAGUAACGGAGGAAGCGGCUAUAUUGAGAAUGUUGUUCUUGAGAACUUCAUCGGCCAUGGUAACGCAUACUCGUUGGAUAUCGACAGCUACUGGGCCAGCAUGAGCGCAGUGGACGGCGAUGGUGUGCAAUUGAGCAACUUCACGAUCAAGAACUGGAAGGGAACUGAGUCCUAUGGUCUUACUCGUGGACCUGUCAAGAUGAUCUGUGCCAGUGGUGCCCCCUGCUACGACAUGACCAUUGAAGAUUUCGCCAUGUGGACGGAGAAGGGUGACAGACAGUGGUACUCUUGUGAAAGUGCAUAUGGUAGUGGAUUCUGCCUCAAGGACAGCUCCGACCAUGUGUCCUACGCGGCCACCACGACCACCGUCUACACCGCUCCAUCGGGCUAUUCUGCGGCUACGAUGGCCGCUGAUCUAACCGCGGCCUUCGGCUCGACUGUCUCUAUCCCUAUCCCGACUAUCCCCACCUCUUUCUACCCCGGUGCCACCCCUUACAGUGCCCUGAUGGCCGACAGCUCUUCUUCCACUGCCAAGGCUCGCGCUCUUUCUGCUAGUGACUCUGCUGCCACCCAUGCGACCGUCUCUAGCAGCAUCUCCGUUGCUGUUGCCGCCCAAACCGAAAGCGUCCCGGCAGCGACUUCGACCAUUGUCGCUGUUUCGAGCGCUUCUGAGGAGGCGUUCACCACCUCUGCUCCGAGUGCCGCCGCCCCCACUGGUGCUGGCAACGCCCCGCAGCCUCCUUCUGCUUCCGGACAGGCCGGACACGGCGGACAGGGUCAGCAGGGCGAGGAGGGCGAGCAAGGCGAGCAGGAGGUUUGCUACGUUUAA